UUCCGUGAUUUGUUUUUAAUAGUUAUUUUCUUAUUAGUUCGUUUACUUACGUGUCAGGUGAGGUGGCCUCUGUUAUGUAACCAAAAACAGUGUUAUCUAUAUUAAAUGUAUUAUUUUUGUCCUGAAAUGAAAAGUGUGUGAGGGCCUUUCUCGGUGCCGUGUGCACAGUGUGAUCCAUUCCACCAGAUGUCCCCAAUUCUUCAUCGGCUGGAUGGAAGCACGGUGCCAUUCACCCGGCUGCAGGAAACAGACAAAGAGAAAGCAGCGGAAGCACUCGGGCAGGUACAGAGAAACGGUUCGCGAAAGGCGCCUCACUCCAGCUGUUACUGCGCGGUAAGGGUCUAAAUGUGACUACGUGUAGUUAGUGAGAGAGUUGGUGAGAGGGAGUGUGACGCGCGUCUGGUGUCACCACAAGCUUUGCGCGCGGAGCUCGCGCAGCGGGCGGCAAACCAGGAAGUCCGGACGCGGGAAUAAUGGCACCUCGCGGCUGUUGAAAUGUAGUUUCACAACCCGGUGACAUUCCGCCAUGGCAGGGGAACCAGCUGCAGAAAUCCAACUACUCAGAAGCCAGAAGGCCAAGCUGAUAGAAAUUCUAAGUGCAGAUGCCGAAUUUGUCCUCCAGCAUGCAGACUCUUCCUUAUUGCUGUCCGACAGCGGCUACCAGCAGGUGAAAGCUCGCACUGUUCCUCGUGAGAAAGUGACAGACCUGCUGGAUCACAUCAUCCAGAGGGGUCCUGCAGCAGCACAGGGACUGCUGGAACUGCUGAAGGGAAAGGAAAUGCAGGAAACCUUCCCAAUGCUUUGCUUUAUUAAGGAUGUACAAGCAAUCACACCGUCUACAGGUGGGCCGAAGCCUGUUCCGUCGAUAGUUCCCCAUGUUGAAAAGGAAGUGUCCUCAUUGGAAGGUUCACGACCUUGUAACUUAGAAGAUACCGUGCCGUCCAAAAAGAUCCGCAAGAGAGACCCCGUCUUAGUGAAGGACAAGCAGCUGAUGAUAGUAGCUCCUAACAUCGGUAAAUCUUGGAAGGAGAUCGGCAUUGGCACUCUCGACAUCCCUAAUAAGAAGCUGGAACAGAUAGAAUUAGACGAGAGCCGCCACAUCUACCGAGUGUUUUCCAUGCUGCUCUACUGGAAAACGAGCCAGAAGUUAAACGCCACCGCUGCUAACCUGCACACGCUGCUCAGUCAGGGCCCCUGUGCGCUGCCACUCGACAGCAUUAACUCACUGUUGGAGGAUUCUGAUGCCUUCGAUCUCUAGUACUUGCCGAGACCCCAACCAUAUCUCAACUCCAAAUGAGUGUAUCGCUGGUCUCAUGUAAGGGAAAAACAACACUUGAAGAUUUGUGUCAUUUCUUACCACUGAAGCCUUUAGCCCAAGGUUCCUCAUCAAUAGAACAUUGUCAUCCUUAUUGUUCGUACUGUAAUUGGACUACACCAAAUCACGGGACUAGGAUGGAGCUUGUCUGGCCAAUUGUAACGCCUUUGCUCUGAGAUAUUUGGCUACGGUCAAUGAACUUCCUUUUCUACUCUUCUACUGUUAUUCUUUUUUUUUUAAGAGUUUUGUUUUAACAAAUGUUCUUUUUGAAAGAACAGUUAUUUUAUACUCUUUUUACCAGGUCAUUUGAUAUCUGUAGAAUUUGUGAUGGGACAUUUAGCUUUCUGUGAAUGUGCAUAUUGAUCUAAAUAUCGGCCUUUAAAUGUACCCAAAUUAAAUUGAUUUAAACAAG